AUGUCUCAGCGAAAAUACUCCGGUCGCCCAGAACUAUACGCAGCCCAACAACUCAUCUGCCCCGACAACAUCCACAUCCUGCUAGCCCAAUACGGGUCCACCUGGCGAGCAAUGAGAAAGGCCUUGCAAGGCAUCCUGAGUCUAACCGCCAUUGAUGCACUGCAUCCAAUCCAACUAGCAGAGGCCACCCAAAGCAUGUGCGACUUGCUCGACAACCCCGAGGGCUACUACGACUCCAUCCGGCGCUAUUCUACAUCUGUGGUUCUAGCAUCCGUAUACGGCCAAAGAGGCGAGAGCUUCGAGUCUCCCAAGAUCCAGGCUCUAUACAACUCACAGUAUCGCUUCAGUCGGAUCCUGGAGCCUGGUGCUACGCCUCCCAUCGACGCGUUUCCGUUUUUGAGAUCAUUGCCUGAAUUUAUGAGCCCCUGGAAGACGGAGGCCAAGGAUAUUCGGAAGGUCCAGAGUACACUUUACUUCGGUCUUGUGAAGGAAUCGAAAGAGCGGCGCAGCAAGGGUGUUUUGGAGCCUUGUUUUAUCGAGAGACUUAUCGAAGGCCAAGCGAAGAACGGUCUUAGCGAUGCCCAGAUUGCUUAUUUGGGCGGUACUUUGAUGGAAGCUGGAUCAGAUACCACUUCAUCGGCGCUGCUCACUUUCAUCCUUGCCAUGACACAGCACCCAGAAGCCUUAAAGAAAAUGCAAGCAGAGUUGGACGAGGUCUGUGGCACUGACCGAUCGCCAAACUUCAGUGAUUUGGCCAAAUUGCCUUACGGUCUUCGAUGGCGUCCAGUUGCACCCGGUGGUGUUCCCCACAGGCUAACCGAGGACGACAGCUACGAAGGGUACAUGUUGCCCAAGGGCACAAUCGUCUUCCUCAACGUAUGGGCCAUCCACAUGGACGAAAGCGAGUAUGACGAACCACAGAAGUUCAAGCCGGAACGGUUCUUAGACAACAAAUACGGCUGCAAGGGCCAGGACGAUGUAGAUGAGAAUCGAAGAGCAACCUAUAACUUUGGCGCGGGUCGUCGUGUUUGUCCUGGUCAGCGCAUGGCUGAAAACUCACUGUUGCUUAAUAUGGCGAAGAUGGCUUGGCUGUUUGAUAUUUUGCCCGUUGGCUCGGAACCACUCGAUGUCAGCAUUCGUACGGCGUUUACGGACGGGGUUCUUAUUGCGCCUAAUAAAUUCCCCGUGCGAUUUGUCCCUCGUUCUGAACAACGUGUCGCUGUUAUUCGGGCUGAUCUUGAAAAUUCGAUGGAGCUUUUUGCGCGAUAUACGUAG